AUGAUGACUGGCCGGCUAGGAAGUAGAGCCGGUCUGCAUUUGGGUUUCUCAUCUCUUCGGGAGAAUAGCGAUGCGAAGGUUGUACUGUCAGAUGAGAGUCCAGGACCACCAAGCCAGCUCCCUUGGAUCCCCCCUGAUUCCCAGCACCUUCAGGAAAGAGCUCUACCAACUCCUCAAUAUCCUGCCUUUACUAAAGAUGGAAGCCAAGGAAACCUGGCAGGAGCAGAUAUCACACUGAUGAGCCAGACCCAAGACUCAGUGACAUUUGAGGAUGUAGCUGUGAACUUCACUAACCAGGAGUGGCGGUGUCUGACCUACGCUCAAAGGCAUCUCUAUAAAGAUGUGAUGUUGGAAAAUUAUGGGAACAUGGUAUCACUUGUGUCAACUGAUAAGACAUGGCCAGAGAAUGAGAAGUCAAGUUUAGAACAAGAGGCUUUUGAAAAUGGAGAAGUCUGCUGGGUAAAAUUUAACAGUCUCCUAAAAGUUGUUUCCCAGGAUCCUGAGGUUAAAGGUUGUGUACAGGAUGUCAAAUUAGAAAAUCAGUGGAAAACACUCAUAAGGGAGAAAUUGAGAGAAGAGAAAGAAGACUCUGAGAAAGUGACUUUCAAAAAAGGAAAAAACCAGAAGGUACUUAGAAAAAAUUCCAAUCCUAACUCAAAGCAUAUUCCAUAUACUAGUGUUCUUACGGAACAGAAGUUCCAUGAAUGUGCCAAAUGUGACAAAAACUUCAGUUGGCAUUCAGACCUGAUUCUCCAUGAACGAAUUCAUUCUGGUGAGAAACCCCAUAUGUGUAAUGAGUGCGGGAAAGCAUUCAAGACCAGAAAUCAGCUUUCUCUGCACCAAAUAAUCCACACAGGGGAGAAACCCUUUAACUGCCCUCAGUGUGGGAAGGCCUUCAAUAGUAGAUCAGGUCUUUGCCGACAUAAAAAAACCCACAGUGGGGAGAAGCCUCACGAGUGCAGGGAGUGUGGAAAGGCCUUCAAAACCAGGAACCGUCUCAGUAUGCAUCAGAUCGUCCACACUGGGGAGAAGCCUUAUGAAUGUAAUGACUGUGGGAGGGCCUUCCAGUUUAAGCAUUCCCUUACCAUCCACAGCAGAAUCCACACUGGGGAGAAACCAUAUGAAUGUGAGGAGUGCGGGAAGGCCUUCAGCGGCAGUUCAGAUCUCACCAAACACACGAGAAUCCACACUGGGGAGCGGCCUUAUGAGUGCAGUGAGUGUGGAAGGGCCUUCAGUUGGAGCUCAGACCUAAGCAAACACAAAAGAAUCCACACUCAGGAAAAACACUACAAGUGCCCCCAGUGUGGAAAAGCCUUCGGUAUCAAGGCAGAACUCACUAAACACAGAAGGAUCCACACUGAAGAGAAACCUUACAAGUGUGACAAGUGUGGGAAAGCCUUUCGUCAUAACUGUAAGCGCAGGACUCAUGAACGAGAACACACUGGCGAGAAGCCCUAUCCAUGUGGGGAUUGUGGGAAAACGUUCCAGGAUCAGCACUGCCUUACCGUCCAUCAAAGAAUCCACACUGGAGAAAAACCUUAUAAAUGCUUGGAGUGUGGCAAAGCCUUCAGUGGGAAAUCAAACUUGACCAAUCAUCAAAGAAUUCACACUGGAGAGAAACCUUACGAAUGUGAGGUGUGUGGAAAGGCCUUUCAUCAUAGUUCAGUCCUGAGGCAGCACAAAAGAAUCCACACUGGUGAGAAGCCAUAUACCUGCAAUGACUGUGGCAUGUCUUUCCGUCAGUGCUCAGCUCUAAUCGGACACAAGCGAGUUCAUACAGGGGAAAAACCUUAUGAAUGUGAGGAGUGUGGAAAAUCUUUCAGAGUCAGCUCAAAUCUCACUGGACAUAAGAAAAAAAAACAUCGAAUAUAG